UAUAUAUAAGCCAAUUCACUCCACCUGUAAACCUUGUGGAACUCUCCCUUUUGGCUUCAACCUCUCUUUUCUACGCUACAAGUAACCAUGCCAUCAGGGGCUCCGCCGCCCCUACCACCGCCACCAUAUACGCCUUCACAACAACCUCCACCACCAGUACUAUCACCACCACCGAUAAGAAUCACCCGAACCAAAACACCCACCGGCGGCAUACUUUUAGGCAAGUAUCAAUUGGGUCGUAUGUUGGGACAAGGAAGCUUUGCCAAAGUUCACGAAGCGACUUCAAUCGACGACGGCAACACCGUCGUGGCGAUCAAGGUUAUAGACAAGACCAAAACCGUGGAUGCCGCCAUGGAACCGAGGAUAAUCAGUGAGGUUUCCGCCAUGCGCCGGCUACAACAUCACCCAAACAUUCUUAAAAUCCACGAAGUUAUGGCUACAAAAACGAAGAUCUACCUCGUCAUGGAACUGGCAACCGGCGGUGAACUUUUCGGUAAAUUGUUAAACCGUGGCCGGUUAAGCGAAGGAACUGCGCGUAGGUACUUUACCCAACUCGUCUCCGCCCUUCAUUUCUGUCACCAAAACGGCGUCGCCCACCGUGAUAUGAAGCCACAAAAUGUUUUGUUGGACAAAAAUGGGAACGUCAAAGUUUCCGACUUUGGUCUCUCGGCUCUACCGGAGCAACUACACGACGGGCUUUUACAUACGGCUUGUGGUACACCGGCUUAUACGGCUCCUGAGGUUGCUCGGAGUAAACCGUACGAGGGUUCUAAAGCCGAUGCUUGGUCUUGUGGGGUGAUAUUAUUUGUUAUGUUGGCCGGUUAUUUACCCUUUGAUGAUCAUAAUUUGAUAGGUAUGUAUAAAAAGAUUGCUCGUAGGGAAUACAAGUUUCCAAAAUGGAUAUCAAAGCAAACAAGAGCUAUAAUAUGGCAGCUUUUGGAUCCUAACCCAGAUACUAGAAUGACCUUGGAUAAGGUAAUGGAAACUUCAUGGAUUAAGAAAGCAUUAGCUACGUAUCGAUCAUCACACAAGGAGAACGAGAGUUUAUUACAUGGGAGGAAAUUAAAGCAUGAGAUGAUUUGUAAUGGAGUUAAUGCUUUUGAUAUAAUAUCUUUGUCUUCAGGGUUGGAUUUGUCUGGUCUUUUUGAAGGAGGUAAUGAUGACAUUAGGAAGGAGAAGAGGUAUACUACUUCAAUGGAGGCUGAUGAGGUUAUGGAGAGGGUUAUGGAGGCUGGGGAGAGAAUGGGGUAUAGGGUGGAGAAAGGGAAAAGAGGGGUUUUGGGAUUGGGGAAAGGGAAGGUGGUGUUGACGGUGGAGGUGGUCGAGAUUGCUGAAUUGUUUGUUUUGGUGGAGGUUAAGGUGGUGGAAGGUACGGUGGAGUUUGAUGAAGGGCAAUGGUUGAAUUUAGAAACUGGCCUUGGAGACCUAUUUGUUUCUUGGGAUGAUCAUAUCGUGGGUGAUUGAUUUUUGUUUUUGUAAUUUACAAGAAGUUUCUUUCUUUUCUUUCCUUUUAAUUUUUUGGUCAAUUAUUUAGGAGUGGUGGGGUUUAUUUCAGUAUUUAAUCAAUGUAAAUGAUCAAUUUUAUAGUGAUAUUUAGUAGUUUCUUUUAUAAA